AUGCACCACGAUUAUUAUUUUUGCCUGCCGAUAAGAGACAGAUUCCAAAUAUAUUCUACCAGAGGCCUGCAGUGGGGCAGGCGAGGGCGAAAAGGACAGAACAGGACAGAAGACGCGAGAGAUGAAGAGAGAGACAGACAGAUAUACAUAGAAGAGAGGCGAAGAGAAACAGACAGACAGAGAGACGGAGGGAGACAGACGCAGGGAGAACAAAGACAGAGAGGCAGAGACAAGCAGAGGAAGAGAGAGAGAGAGAGAAAGAGAGAGAGAGAGAGAGAGAGAGAGGAAGAGAGAGACAGAGAGGAAAGAGAGACAUGGAAGGAGAAAGACAGGACGCGUCUCGGGAUGGCGAGAUCCGGGGCCGACCUACCGUCGGCUAGCGGGAUUUUCCUAAACCAGAUAUCUUCCACCAGGGGGGCACCAGCCCAACCAGGACAAGCCCUGAGCUUUCGACCAGUCUCCUGGCGUGUGUGGUUGUGUAGUGCAUUUAGUGUGUGUGUGUGUGUGUGUGUGUGUGUGUGUGUGUGUGUGACAAGGAAAACGAAGGAAACAUCGCGGGCGGUACAGCUAGCAGUGAAUAUAAGAAGUAGUAGUAGUAGUAAUAAUAAUAAUAAUAAUAAUAAUAAUAAUAAUAAUAAUAAUAAUAAUAAUAAUAAACUACUUAAAGAAGCAAUCUUUUUUUUCUUAUUAUUCGGAAUCUCAUCUCAAUAA